AUGCACCGUUAACAAUAGACAUAGUACAGAUAUGAAACUUAGUUGACUAAUCUAUAGUAUAUACCGUACUGUUUGAUUGCGUCUUACAAUUCAUCUUUUAAACGAAUUAAUGAAUAAUUUAAAAUCUAAAAAGCAUACGCAACAAGAAAGUAUAAAUAAUAUAAAUAUAUAAUAUAACAAGCUUUCAACAUAACCCGUUUCGGAAGUUUGUUCUUGCUGUCGUGAUAUACCCUGUUUUCUGUAUUGUAGUUUAAGAAACGAAGUGGUGAAUGAAUGUUGAUAACAGUAAUUACAUGAUAGCACGCGUCAAAACCUAUAAGGGUGCAAAUACAAAGAUCUGAUGGUCAUUUGAUUCCUAUAAAAGUGUACAUGACUCCUGACAGUAAGAAAAUGCAGAAGGUUGGAAAAUUGAAUCCGUCGAUUGAUAUCAUCCCGCUACAGGGAUCUAGCGGAGAUUCAAAAUCAAAAGCUAUGAAUAAUAAACGCAAAGUUGAUAUUUCUCAUAGAUAUCUUCGGGAUCAAGUACUAAUUUCACGUGUACAAACGUAUAUGCACGAAAAUGAAAACAAAGUUUAUAUUGAUGUUAUUGAAAUGGCAAAUGCUUUGCAAAGAAAAUACCGUGAUUAUCGUAUAAAAAAACAGGGCCCUUUCAGAGCUCUGGUACGCAAAGCAUACGACGAACUAACAGAAAUGUUUGCGAAAAAGCAUUGUCCUUCUGAAUGGCCUGGUUAUGAUGACGAAGACGAAGAGGAAGAAGUUGACAUUGAAUCAGAUCCUCAGAAUACCAUGUUGGAUGGUAUGUUAUUAAAAAUGUAUAAAAAAUCACAAAACAAACAAAAUGGAAAUUCUAGCGACAAAGAACUAAUAGAUAUCAGUAGUGAUGAUGAUGCUAGUAAAGUGGAUUCAAAUACAUAUAAUAAGACAGAUGAACCCGAGGUCGCAGAUAAAAGUAUACAGCAGAAACCGGGUCCAUCUUUGCACGUAGAAAAACCUGUGCCUCCUAAAGAAAUUGAACAGAGAAAAACACCUACAAAAGAAGCACGACAAAUUACAGAAACACGACAAAGUAAUGCAGAAGUUGAACCAUUUAAUAGAAAAAGGCAACGCGAUAAAGACAUUGAUAAUAAUCAAUUUAUGUUUACAAAAAAACCCAAAGGAGUACCUAUUUCAGAAUCAAAAGUUACAUUUACCGACAUAGGAGGAUGUGAUAAAAUUUUAAAAACUGUUUGUAAACUACUGGCUCAUAUAAAACAUCCAGAAAUUUUUAAACAACUUGGUAUAUCACCCCCAAGAGGAUUUUUGCUUCAUGGCCCACCUGGAUGUGGAAAGACAUUACUGGCAUAUGCUAUUGCAGGAGAGUUAGGAAUACCUUUACUAAAAGUAGCAGCACCUGAACUUGUAGCUGGAGUUUCAGGGGAAAGCGAAGCACGGAUUAGGGAUUUAUUUGAACAAGCUCUUGCCAUUUCACCAUGUGUAAUCUUUUUGGAUGAAAUUGAUGCUGUUGCACCACAUAGAGCUACUGCUCAGAGGGAAAUGGAAAGAAGAAUUGUUGCACAACUGUUAUCAUGUUUAGAUGAAUUAAGUUUAAAAGAGAAUGGUACUGGAGUAUUAGUGCUUGGAGCUACAAAUCGGCCUGAUUCUUUGGAUCCAGCAUUAAGAAGAGCAGGUCGCUUUGAUCAUGAAGUGUGUCUUGGUAUACCAGAUAGGGAUGCAAGAACAAAAAUUUUAACUGUACACACAGAAAAAGUAGCACUUGCUCCCAAUGUUAGUUUAUCUACAAUAGCUUCGCUAACGCCAGGUUUUGUUGGAGCUGAUUUAGUUGCAUUAAUUAGAGAAGCUGCUAUGGCAGCUGUAGACAGAAUACUUGAAAACGUAAAUAAAUCAGAACCAGAUAUUAAAUCAGAAACGAGAGAAGAUGAUCCCCCCACUGAAAAGGAAAACUUUGAAAACACUGGCAACUUAGAUGAAGAAGUAACUAUUGAGUCGCCUUCUUCGAAUCACAACAAUAUCCCCAAAUUAAACAAAACAAGUAACCCUACAAGUCCUCAAGCACUAAUUGAGAUGGAUGUGACACAAGAAAAUUCAAAAUCUCCAGACUUGGCAGCAUUACUUACUUGGUUACGUAAUGAUCCACCACUUUCCUCAGAACGAUUAAAAACUCUAUAUAUUGAACACAGUGAUUUUGAAACUGCUCUUCGCGUUAUUCAGCCAUCUGCGAAAAGAGAAGGCUUUGCAACUGUACCUGAUGUUACAUGGGAUAAUGUUGGUUCUUUAAGAGACAUUAGAGAGGAAUUACAGAUGGCCAUACUUGCUCCGGUUCGACAUUCCGAACAUUUUACAGCCUUAGGAUUAACAACACCUACUGGAGUAUUAUUAUGCGGUCCACCUGGAUGUGGUAAAACAUUGCUAGCCAAAGCAAUUGCGAAUGAAGCUGGUAUCAACUUUAUUUCUGUUAAAGGGCCAGAACUUUUGAAUAUGUAUGUUGGCGAAAGUGAAAAAGCAGUCCGGCAAUGCUUCAUGAGAGCACGAAAUUCAGCUCCGUGUGUUAUAUUCUUUGAUGAGUUGGAUGCUUUGUGCCCAAGACGAUCAGAUGGUGAUAACUCCGCUACAUCGCGCGUAGUUAAUCAAAUGCUUACGGAAAUGGAUGGAGUAGAAGGACGUCAGGGAGUAUUUUUAAUGGCUGCUAGUAAUAGACCUGAUAUUAUUGAUCCAGCAGUUUUGAGACCAGGAAGAUUAGAUAAAAUUUUAUAUGUAGAUCUACCUACUGCAGCAGAUCGUGUUGAUAUUUUGAGAGCAUUGACAAAGAAUGCAACUAAACCAAAAUUAGCUGCGGAUGUAAAUUUGGAACAAAUAGGAUAUAACAGCAAAUGUGAUGGUUAUACUGGGGCAGAUUUAGCAGCUUUAAUCAGAGAAGCUGGUAUAGAAGCUCUGAGAGAAUUAAUGGACAUACAUUAUACAGGACAACCAGAAAUUUCUAUGCGACACAUUUUAUCCGCAUUUGAUAAGAUAAGACCAUCUGUACAGGAAAAGGACAUAAAACAUUAUGAAAAGUUGAAGAAAUUGUAUUCGAUUAAAAAGAAAUCUGACGAUAGUCCAAUGGAAACUCCAACGGAUGCAGUUAUAGUAGAUGUAGUGAUGGAACCUAUGGAAACGUGAAAUAAAAAUAUAAUAUAAUGUAUGUAACAAUCUUCCAUUAUAAGAUACUCUUUGAAAUUAAUAACAAUGAAAUAAGGAUUGUACACACUGUACGCUUUGACUUUAUUUUUAUAGUCAAAGCAUUCUUAUCUUUACUGUGCGAAAAUGUAGUUAUAAUGUUAAACCUUGGUUGACCAUUUUAAAAUAAGAAUUAAAAUCUAUAUUUUAUUCUUUAUUUUUUGGUACUCUUUCGUAAAUAAAAGAAAUUAUGUUCAACAUACUCUCGAGCAAUUUACAUAAUCAUUUCCACUAUUUAAAAAAAUAAAAACAAAGAAUUGUACACAUUUUGUAAUUGAAUAGCACAAUUUUAUUAACAAUAAAUAAUUGACUGACAUAUCUUCUUAGAAUACAAAAUUUGAUCU